AUGUUGGCCAGGAAGGGCCUCCUGCCGGACGGCUUCCUGCUGACCCGGCUGGCGGAGGACCAGAACCAGCCAAACCGCAGCCGUUCGAGGUCUCAGAGAGCCCGCUUCAUCACCAAGACCGGAUCCUGUAACGUGGCUCACAAGAACAUCAGGGAACAGGGUCGCUUCCUGCAGGACGUUUUCACCACCAUGGUGGACCUGAAGUGGCAGCACUCCCUCCUCAUCUUCACCUCUGCCUUCCUCUGCUCCUGGAUGCUCUUCGCUAUGAUCUGGUGGCUCCUCGCCUUCGCUCACGGAGACCUGGAGCCCCGCGACCCCAACGGCGAGCCGGGCCCAGUCCCCUGCGUCACAGCCAUCCACUCCUUCACCUCUGCCUUCCUCUUCUCCAUUGAAGUCCAGGUGACCAUCGGUUUUGGUGGCAGGAUGGUGACGGAGGAGUGUCCGCUGGCCAUCACCGUGUUGAUCAUUCAGAACAUUUUGGGGCUGAUCAUCAACGCCGUGAUGCUCGGCUGCGUGUUCAUGAAGACGGCGCAGGCCAACCGGCGAGCAGAAACACUCAUCUUCUCCAAAAACGCCGUCAUCGCUCCUCGAAAUGGCCGCCCCACUUUCAUGUUCAGAGUGGGAGAUCUGAGGAAGAGCAUGAUCAUCUCAGCCACCGUCCAGCUGCAGGUGAUCCGGCGGACGGUGACGUCAGAAGGCGAGGUGAUCCCCGUGUGCCAGCUGGACAUCCAGGUGGAGAACCCCCUCAGGAGUAACGGCAUCUUCCUGGUGUCUCCCCUGAUCAUCAGCCACACCAUGGAGCGAGGGAGUCCUCUCUACGAGCUGUCCGCCCAGUCACUGGCCUCCGAGGACCUGGAGAUCAUCGUCAUCCUGGAAGGUGUGGUGGAGACGACGGGGAUCACCAUGCAGGCGCGGACCUCCUAUAUACCCGAGGAGAUUCUGUGGGGGAGGCGCUUCGUCUCCAUCAUCACGGAGGAGGACGGCAGGUACUGUGUCGACUACUCCAAGUUCGGAAACACGGUUCCCGUCCGGAUGUCGUCUCUCAGCGCCAAGGAGCUCAACCAAACCAGAGGAGUCCAGGAAGGAGGGUCCGACGUCCAGCUGCAGGGAUGGGGGCUGGUUCGAGCCGGCAGAGGGGGGUUCCGCAGAGGAGGGCGGGCCUACGACAGCUCCACGCCUCAGCCCUGGUACGCCCAGUCAGAGAAAGCAGAGAAGGAGGUGGAGCAGAAAGGACAGAAAAAGACAGUCCAGUUGGAGGUGAUCGGACGGCAGAUCGAAGAGGACGUGCUCGGAGAGCUAAGCGACUGAACACAGCGCCCGCUGCUGCACACCCAGGUGAACUGCAGUCAUGUGCCUGUUAAAGCAGCGGUCCCCAACCUUAUUUGCGUCAUGGACCGGUUUAUGCCCGACAAUAUUUUCACAGACCGGCCUUUAAGGUGUCGCGGAUAAAUACACAAAA